AUGAGGGAAUUCCUAAAGUACGGUACCUUGGACACCCCUCGGAAAUUAAUAGAAACAAUUGGCGAUCCCACUACGGCUCUUCGAACGACCUGUGAAACAAUCUCAACUUCCAACAUUGUUGGCAUUGUUGGACCAGUUGUCUCAAGAGAAGCUCAUGUUAUUGCACCCUUUGAUGCAAGUAUCGGGAUUCCAACGAUAUCCUACGCUGCAACUGAUCCUGAACUAUCCGACCGAAUAGCUAAUCCAACUUUUUACCGUACAGUUCCAUCGGACAAUGAUGCAGCAUCGACUAUAGUUAAUCUUUUUCUUAAAUUCAAUUGGACAAUGUGUAUCAUCAUUUAUCAAAAUGAUGAAUUCGGAACGGGAGGUUAUAAGGCAAUUUCUAAUGCAUUUCUCCGCAAUAAUGUAACCGUUACAGAAACGAUGAUCUUUGAUUUGAACACACUGUCUAUUCGUGGUGAUUUAAAAAGUACGUUAACUGGUAGUUUAACAAGAAUUGUAAUUGUAUGGGCUGAUACAAGUUAUGCAACAUUCAUCCUACAAAGUGCUCUCAAAGCAGAUGUGGUGGGCCCACUUUUUACAUGGAUAUUAGGUUCUGAUGUUCCACUGACAGCUUUUGAUGAAAUCUCGUAUGAUCGUUUGGUUGGAGUGCUUACGAUUGGUCCCGUCGUCGGAAAUUUAGCUAAUGCACCGAUAAAUCAAACGCUGUUGAAUGAUGCAUACAGUAUUUGGCAGAAGUAUGAACCUGAAUCAUUUCCCGGUGCAGCGAAUGUUAAUUAUUAUGCAUUGUUUGCAUUCGAUGCAGCAUGGACGUUGAUUCAAUCGUUUGCACAAUUGUGUCCCAAUAGCACUGUAUCAUCAUGCAUUACAUUUACGAAUACGUCGUUUUGUUUCGAUCGACGUGUUCUGCAUAUCCAUUCGAUAUUUGACAUCAUCAACACAAAUACUUUCCUGGGUGUCUCAGGUCCUGUCCAGUUUUCGGCAAACACAACAGACCGAGUAAACGGCAUCUAUUAUAUCGUGCAAAAUGUACAACGUGUUUCACAUACCCUAAAGUAUGUUCCAGUUCUAAUAUCAACAAGCUCAGCUGCAUGGACACCACAAGCACAAACGAAUGUAAUUGUUUGGCCUGGCCAAUCACUAACUGCACCAACAGGUUACGCAUCGCUUCAAGGUGUCACGUUAUAUAUUGCUGUUAUAAUCACACCACCAUUCACUAUGAUGAAAGAAUACGUAGAUCAAUACGGAUUAACACAGACGAAACCGAUUGGAUAUAUUCCCGAUUUGAUUGAGCUCUUGCAAAAGCAAAUAGGAUUCGUUCCAAAUAUUACAGUAUUGCCAGAAAACACCACAUACAAUAGUUUACCCGAUUUAGUAGCGAAUAAGGUUUAUGAUCUAGUGAUGGGCGAUGUCACAAUUCUGUCGUCACGAAGAAUAAAAGCGGCUUUUUCUGAUUCAAUCUUCGAUAAUUCAUUACGUAUUCUGACUCGACAAAAAGCCGGAACAGUAGUUCAUCGAUUUGGUUUUCUCCGUACAUUUGAAUUAGCCUUAUGGAUGGUUAUCCUUGCUUGUCUUAUAUGGUCUGCUUUUCUAUUUUCCUUCUACGAAGGAAAUGCACAUACAGAUUUACGAAAUAAAUCAAUUCUAUCACGCAUAGGAAUGAGUAUUUGGUUUGCUUUUGGGACACUUAUUGGAUAUGGCGCUGAUUUUCAUACAAGAUCAGCUGCUGGCCGAGUUUUAACCAUUGGCAUAUACAUUACAAGUCUGGUCUUAAUCAGUGCAUACCAGGCAUAUUUCACCGCAAGUAUAACUGUUUCCAUAGCACAAAGUUCUUUCUCUGGAAUUGAUGAUAUUAAAAAUGGAAAAGUUCCGUACAAUCGAAUCGGUAUUAUCAGUGGUUCAGCCAUGGAAGAAUACUUCCUUCGUGAAAUAUCUGAUGGCAGUCAUACUUAUUACAUUCUAAGAGACAAACAAGACAUGUUUGAUAAACUAUUGAGUGGAAUAAUCGAUGUCUCGAUCAUGGACACGGGGUUUGCCGAAUUUGCUACAAGUUCCAUCUAUUGUAAUUUGACUAUUGUUGGUACAGGUUUUGAUCAAAGUCAAUUCGGGAUCAUUUAUCCCACGAAAUGGUUAUAUGAACAAGCUUUAGACGUGUCAAUACUAUCAUUGCGUGAAAAAGGAGUAUUCAACGAUCUAAAAAGUAAAUGGUUUCAAACCAAUAAUUGUACAAGUGCGUCAACGGACACAUCUGUGAGGUUAUCACUUGAAGCGCUAACUGGCUUAUUCAUUGUCUUCGCAAUAUUUAGCGCACUUUCGAUGCUGAUGUUUCUAUGGGUGAAAUGCCGUCCGUUGCGUAAAUGUAUACGACAACGUCGAUCGAGAAAUGCCGUUAUUCCCAAUCCUGUAUAUCGUCCAUAUGCUCAGCAUCUACCCUACAUUGCUGGAUAUCAACACGUAUGA